AUGCUAUCGGAGACACACUUAUCUAACGAGCUUCGAAGGCUAGCCAAUCCAUGCUCCAGAGAAGGCGUCGACGGCAUCACAUUCCAGCCAUGCCCUAUUUUUGAAUUUAGAAGCCAGGACCGCUCGCGCAUUGAACACUGGCCGAUGCCAGGGGGCACAUGGGUGUUCACUGCCAUAUUCGACGGUCAUGCUGGUCAUUCAACAGUAGACCAUACCGCACAGACGAUCCCGGUCAUGGUCAAAAACUCCCUAGACGCGUAUCUACGCGCGUCCCCCAGGACCCCUCCUUCUCCUGAUCGAAUCUCCAGCAUUCUGUCUGACGCCAUCGUUCGGUUCGACCAUUCGAUCACUACGGAAUUUUUGAGCUUGUUUCCGGGUGGUCCGGCGGCUUUAGCGCGUAUGAGCGACGGGCAGAUCCGACACAUAAUUGACGAUCGGGCUACUGGCGGACGAAACACCACUUCUGCCAUUCGCUGUCUUCAAGGAAGUACGGCAUUGAUCACCUUGACCGAUCCGGCCAAAAUCAAUUUAUGGGUAGCAAAUUUAGGAGACUGCCAAGCGGUUCUCGGUUCCCGAAACGCGCAAGGGCAGUGGCAUGCUAGCUUUGCCACUACGCUUCAUGAUGGAGAAAAUCUUCAUGAAAUCCAUCGCAUUCGAAGCGAGCACCCUGGAGAACGAGAGUCCACCCUAGAUAACAGAGUCAUAGGAUUUUUGGGCCCUACUCGUUCUGUCGGUGAUACGUGGCUCAAGAUACCCGCUAUCUACUCUCAACGGGUUCUUCUUGGUUUCCGCCAAGAGUGGACCGUGGAGAGACCAGAGCCCUUCAUCUCUCGCAUCACGACACCACCGUAUGUUUCCAGUACGCCUGACGUCUAUCACUUACCUCUACCGAGAGGUGCUCCUGGCCGACCGAGGGACCUCUUUCUCUUGAUGUGUUCCGACGGCCUAGGAGAUCUGUACGAUGAUCGCUCGCGAGCGGACAUAAUCAAUCGAUGGGUCAGGACUGUCGGACGGUCUCUUGAUUCACGAGAUCAGAGCAACUUGUCCUUAAUCUUGCUGAGAGACGCUUUAGGUGGAGCGGAUACCCGUCUGGUCUCGCAAUAUCUAACUGUGGAAAUGGACGAGAAAUGGAUGGAUGAUGUCACGGUGAUUGUGCAACGAUUCUAG